AUGGCGAUGGAGCAGCCACGGGGCGGGGCGGAGGAAUGGAUGUGUCCCUUGUGCUUCAAACUGGUGGCCAAUGAGCAGAGGUUCAAGCGCCACCUGGACUACCAUAGGCAGGCCUCCAACCCCCAGCACCCCUGCGGCCAGUGCGGCAAGCGCUUCACCUUUGCCGCCGAUCUGCAGAAGCACAUCAGGGUCCACACAGGGGAGAAGCCCUUCAAGUGCUCCCGCUGCCCCUUCCGCACGGGGGACCGCAGCCACCUGGCGCGCCACGUCAGGACGCCUCACCCCCCGGACCAGCUCAGCCUCACUACCUCGCCCCGGGACUCCGCGGCGUGA